CUCUCUUUCUUUCUAUCUUUCUUUCAUUGUAGCUCUGAGAGACAAUGGUGCAACUAGCUUUGGUGGUCCUCAUCUCCUUUUUAGUGGCCUUCCCGGUGGCUCGAACCUGGGCCGACAAAGCGGGCCAGCUCGAUGACUGGCGCGGGAGCCUUGGGCUCGGUUCGGAGAAGGUGAGCAAGCUAAAUUUCUACUUCCAUGACAUAUUGAGUGGGAAAACGCCAACCGCGAUUCGUGUGGCUCAAUCCGCCAACACAGACAAAUCGCCAACGGUGUUCGGUAUGCUGAUGAUGGCCGAUGACCCGUUAACUAUCGGGCCGGAGCCUAAUUCAACUGUCAUUGGCCAUGCCCAAGGGAUGUAUGGCUCAGCUGGGCAGCAGGAGCUAGGGCUACUCAUGGUCAUGGACUAUAGCUUCACUCAAGGUAAGUAUAAGGGGAGUUCUAUUAGCAUUCUUGGGAUUAACCGGGCUAUGAACCCGGUUCGGGAAUUGCCGAUCAUCGGUGGGACCGGAAUGUUCCGGCUUGCACGUGGUAUGGCACUUGCCAAGACACAUUGGUUCAAUGCGACUACCGGCGACGCCAUUGUCGAGUAUAAUGUGACCGUCGUGCACUACUGAUUCGAGUGGCGGGCAUCGGAUAGUCGCGUGCAUGGUGCACUUGUGCGCAUUUUAGCGCCAUUGUUGUUGCUGUCGGGGUGGAGAAUUUAAAUUGCAUGUCUUGUUUGUGUGGACUGUUUGGUUACUAGUUUUGUGUUUUGGUGAGUUGUAUUUCAUAUGAAGUCUUAAAAUUUUCUUAUCUCCAACACCUCAAGGUGGCCUUGUUAUGAGUAAAUUGAAAAAUAGGCCCAUUUGAAGCA